GUGCAGGUUGUGCUGUACUCCCUCUCCUAAGAUUCCCCUCAUUUAUGGCACACUGAUUCCUUGUGUUUCACAAAGGCAGUCUAAUACCAGAAUACUUCGUUAUUUCCUUUCGGGGCCAGUCCUAGGCAGUUUGCGCCCAAUCAGACCUGCACCAUUGAAGAAACAGGGAGCUUUUACUCCCCCUCCCCUCCACCCACAGACGUUGGAACAGGCAGGGAGGCGGGGGCUGUUACCAGCACAGAGGCUAACUAAUUCUAAUUGCUCUCUCUCCCUGCUAAGCUGCUUAAGUAUACCUUCUCUCCCAGUAGGAGGGCUCCUUUCUCACAGGCUGUGUGUGCGAUUGGAUGGUUUGCGGAGCAUUAACUUUGACCCUCUGCACUCGCCGUCCCGUCCUAAUACACAGCCCUGUGUGAGAGGAGCUCUCAGUUCUAGUAGAUAAGAUAUACUUAACCCGGUUUAAUGUAAAUAGCAUUCUGUGCACAGCUUUUUUUGUACUGGAAUCAAAAUGGGCAGGAAACAUAUAGAUAACAGAUAAUGUGAGUUAGAAACUACAGCAGAAAAAAAGAGAAGGUUGCAAAGAAGGGAGGAAUAUUGAUAAAAAAAAAAAAGAAAUACAUAUAAUAUAAAGAAAAGGACAGAAGAGCAAAAUGGACCAACUGCAAUUUAGCACUUCAUUAAUAAAUGACCCUUGUGGAAUAGUGGAAGAAAAAGAUGAGCGCGCGACUGCGAAAGAAAAGAUAAGGUCCUGCGAUGAAAACAUUUUGGAUUAUUUACUGAAGAAAGACCUAAUAAAAAACAGAGAUGGAGCAGAGGUCAUUUGGUGUCAUGCAGUUAACAGCAAGAGCAAACUAAAUGAGGCUAUACAGAGUGAUGCUCACAUGAUAGAGGCUGAUGUUCUGCUUCGAGGAGACAAUGAACCAAUCAUGGCGCACCCCCCAGAAACAGACAGUGACAUUACAUUGCACGAGUGGUUGGAUCAGGUCUUUUCAUCUGAAAAAGGCAUCAAGCUUGACUUCAAAUGUAUAGAAGCAGUCCUGCCAUCAUUGCAGAUCCUGGCAGCUAUGAAAGCCACAGUUAAACAACCUAUAUGGAUUAAUGCAGACAUACUUUCAGGACCUGGUGGAAAGGCCAAAGCAGUGGAUGCAAAGGAGUUUAUAAAUUCAGUAAUGUCAUAUUUCCCUGACGUGACUUUAUCUUUGGGCUGGACCACUGGAUGGCAUCCUGGGCAAGAAAACCAAGGCUACUCCUGGGAGAUGGUGCAGGACAUGGAGAAAAUCUGCAAAGUACUGAGCCAACCUGUGACGUUCCCUGUGCGGGCAGCACUACUUCGGCAGUCAUGGCCUCAGUUUCAAUGGCUGUUAAAGACAUCAGAGAGGUUCAGCCUGACAGUCUGGGCUGGAAAAGACGACACAUAUCCUGUGGAAGACUUGCUGUUUAUCAGAGAUAAUUCUGAAAAGUGCAGAAUUUACUAUGAUGUCUUUGAGCCGCAAAAUAGUGAUUUUAAAUGCGCUAUAGAACAGUCAAGGAUAUAGCAAAUUACCAUUGUUUAGGUAUCAGUUCUGCUUGUUCACGAGUCUCUGAAAAUAAGUAGAAGAAACUUUUACACAUACCUAGUAUAUAAAUGUCCAACCUGGCACAGCAAGACCCUCACCAUUUGUCCAUUUAAUAAAGCCCCUUCUCACAACAAGGGGAUGUUUGUACUUUAAAAUGGCAGUAAAAAGUAUAUUUUUCACAAGCAAAGGUGUUAUUCAUAGUAACUGUGUUUUACAUAUGGGCUGUUUUAUGCUAAAUAUUUUUAUAGAAACCUGCAAUGUUCAGGGGUACAGUUUUCCUUUAAUAUAACAGGCUUUGUUGCAACAUUCAGAGGCCAAAAGCUACAAUUAGAUCCAGAAGAGAAGUUGUUUGCCUUGAUUCUCCCACACCAGAGGAACUGGGGAAUGUAGAUCAGGCCUUCACAUAUCUGACAUCCUUGGUCAAGUAGACAUGGAACAACUGGAAAAAGUUCACAUAAUGUUAAGCAAAUGAAGUAUGAUCACUAUGCAAAAUUAUUGCCAAUCAGCAUUAUCAUUAGAAGUUGCUGCUUAUCAUUACCCCACCAAGCCCUUCAGCAGUUGCAGGGUCUGCUUCCUCUAUCGUUAAACACAAAAUAUCCCAGGGAGAGGGUUGCUUUCUAGAGGAUGACAGAUAAUUGUGCGGUCACCUUACAGCCCUUACACACAUACCUACAUAUAAAUGUCCAACCUGGCAGAGCAAGACCCUCGCCAUUUGUCCAUUUUAAUAAAGCCCCUUCUCCCAACAAGGGGAUAUUUGUACUUUACUGGGGCACCUUGUUAUAUUUGUUUAGAUAUUUGUGCGGUCACCUUACACACAUACCUACAUAUAAAUGUCCAACCUGGCAGAGCAAGACCCUCGCCAUUUGUCCAUUUUAAUAAAGCCCCAUCUCCCAACAAGGGGAUAUUUGUACUUUACUGGGGCACCUUGUUAUAUUUGUUUAGAUAUUUGUGCAGUCACCUUACAGCCCUCUUAUGUAUCAUAAUCUAAGUAUCCCCGGAGUGGCUGUCCUCACUAGCCAUGUUUACCAGUGUUGCUAAGGUUAAAAUGUUUUUAUAUGUGUUUUCUUUAUGGUGGCAUAGAUUGGGACAAUAUAUGAAUAUUAUGUUGAACAAUAUCAUUUCUGUUGGAAAGGGCGCAGGAGAAAACAAAAGGCUGCUAGACAAAAGUCAGAAUAACCUUGAUGGUAGAACAUGUUCAGAAGCUGAGAGCAGGCUUUGCUAUUGACAUUCACAAACAUUACAUACUUACCAAAUUCACUGCAAUAAUCAACAAUUCUUUAAAGGGUUUUAAUCUGGUCUUUUUCAGAAUGUACUGAAUGUACUGUUGCUAUCCUUGAGCAGAACAAGUUUGCAGUUACCUCAAGUCUUUGCCACCCAGCUUUCCACCAUGUCCAACUUGGAGCUCUGGUGCAUUAUUGUAUGGAACCUUCAAGGUGAUGGGGGGGGGGGGGGGGGGAAGGGUCCUGCCAUUUAAAACUGCAAGAACAGUAAAUGAAAUAUAUAGCUACAUUCAUUCUUCCCUUACAGAAAAGUACUCAAAAAGUUUGCUGGCUGUUGCACUUAUUGAUAUUUUAAAUAUAUAACAUUUCCAUUUUUAUAUUGUUCCAGCAGCUUAAUGUUUUAGCAGGCAGCCAAAUAUUCCGUUACCUUGAUUUGUUGAUUAAAAUGCAGCUUUUCACUCACAAGAAAUUCUGUUGCAUAGAAACUAAUCUUUAAAAAGCAAUUAUCCGUAGGCUAUUAAAAUACUCCCCGA